UAAAUGUUUCUUUUUGCAAGAAGGUUUGCAGCCAUGGCGUGCAUUUGGUGACUGUAAUGUGAAUGUUUCUUCGAUAGGGUUCGAUAUAAUUUGAUUAUCUGUGUUUGUUGUUUUCGUUAGCAUUUCAAAAACAUUUUAAAGUUAGCUUGCGUAACGACUAACGCACCUGAUAAUGACAUCCAAAGAAGUCGCCGAAUGUGACGCGGUCGAGAAUAGGAGGCGAAGUCCGUUGGACCAUCUUCCUCCGCCUGCAAACUCGAAUAAGCCACUGACACCGUUCAGUAUCCAAGACAUUCUCAACAAACCCUCCGUGAAACGAAGUUACACCAUUUGUGGGACAGCACACCUGAUUUCAUCGGCUGAGAAGCACCGUUCGUCCAGCAUCUCUGCUCUGGCCAACAGGGCACUGCUCACACAAACCUCACCACUCUGCGCCCUGGAAGAACUAGCCAGCAAAACCUUCAAGGGGCUCGAAGUUAGCGUUCUGCAAGCAGCUGAAGGGAGAGACGGAAUGACACUCUUUGGGCAAAGAAACACCCCGAAGAAGCGAAGGAAGUCCAGGACUGCCUUCACCAACCACCAAAUCUACGAAUUAGAGAAAAGAUUCCUGUAUCAGAAAUAUUUGUCUCCCGCUGACCGAGACCAAAUCGCCCAACAACUGGGUCUAACGAACGCCCAAGUCAUCACGUGGUUCCAGAACAGGAGAGCCAAACUAAAGCGAGAUCUGGAAGAGAUGAAGGCCGACGUUGAGUCGGCCAAAACUAUAGGUGACGGUAUUGUACCUCUGGAGAAACUCGCCAAGCUCGCUGACCUCGAGAAAUGCGCCAACGGAACACUCGGACAUCACCCGCGAGCCGAUUCUCCCGCGCAGAGCGGCGGACGAGAGUACGAGCUCGCUCGCAAGCUGCGGAUGUCCCCCCUGUCGCCGUUUUCAGACCACACAACAAGUAAAGAAUGCUCAGAGGACGACGAAGACCUAGAAAUUGAUGUGGAUGACUGAUUGCGCAGUGGGAUAAUGAAAUAUAAAAAUGACGACAACAAGCAGUAACAAUCCUUACUACGAUUGCAACUUUUCCCUGCUUAUAUUCGUACAUCAUCUCAGAACAUUUACUAGUCUGUUGUGACUUUUGUAUCGGCACACAGAUAUUCACAGUAAGCAUGAACAGUACAACAAAUAGCAUAUGCAGUGCUAUAUCCAUUUGUAUUCAUCAGCAGUCGGACAUUUUCCUCUUCAAAUGUCAAUGAAAGCAAUAUAGGUUUCAUAAUCAGAACUAAAGAUAAUGUUAUUAUU